AGAUUAACUUGAUUUUAUGUUGUUUUAGGUAUGAAACUGUUCGCACUGGUUUUACUUUUGGUUGCUCCAGCAACAGCUUUACUUCCCGAUCUUUUGGAAAAACUGUGGCCGGAACAAAAUGAGGGUGUGUUCGAUGGGGUAGCCAGAAUCCCAUACUUGGACCUCCUCAACGACAACUCCUACAUUGACCCCUUCCUCCUCCAGUCCAUGAAGAAAUACGGAUAUUUCUACGUUGUGGAUGUCCCUGAGUACAGCGCUUCUCUUGAGCAGGACAUCAUGAAGCAGUUCUACGAUCUGGAUGAGGAUGUCAAGGACGAGAUUGCUAUCAGGAGACACAACCCCGCCAACAAGAACGCUUAUCGAGGAUACUGCCCCGGACUUGACGAUGUUGAGAACACCCUCCAAUACAAGAACCUCUACAACAUUGGACCCCACGAGACCCGAGCUGCAAGCUUCGAGAGUGAUGACAUCCUCGAGAAACUCAGAUACGACUGCCAGGAACCCAACGUGUGGCCCGAGACUGGUAACUGCACCUUCGACAAAGUAUUCAAGGAGACCUUCCAGGCUGGAUUCGAAAUCAGGAGGAACGUCGGAAGAGCUUUCAUCAGGAGCAUUGCCCGAGCCAUGGAGUACCCCAACCUGCCCGCUCUCUUUUCUGAGGACGAGUUCUCUGCUAUGGGACUCAGGAAAUACCCCAUCCGAAGAAAGAUCAACAGCAACAUGUACUCUGACUUUGACGGAACUCUCCUGAGAGAACUGGAACACAUUGACUCUACCGUCACCGUCCUCUCCACCUUCAACAACGAUGGUCUUGAGGUGCUCUACAAGAACCAGUACCGAGCCGUUCCCGUGACCGGAGAAAACUCCUUCAUCGUCAACAUCGGAAAGCUGGUAGAUGACCUCAUCGACAACAAGGUGCCCUCAGUCAGACAUAGAGUUGCUGAAGUUGACUUUGAUAGAUACUCUAUCACCUACUUCUUGGGACCCCAAUUCGAUGCUGAUAUCAGCCGAAGUGUGAGCGGUAAACUGACCGACGCUGGACAAAAAUACACCAUCUUCGGAGAAUGGAUCAAGGACUACCUUGGUGCUAUUGAACUCUUCUACUACUAAACAGAGAUGAGGAUGAGUUCUCAACGUGGUUAGAUUGAAACGGUAUGAGAAAUUCAGAUACCUUCGACAUAACAAAGGUCUAUAAAUGAAAUGACGACAUCUUCUGAAAUAAAUGGACAUUAGAAUUACAUGUGUAACUAAAUUAUUGUUAAGAUAAGCAAACUCUAAAAUGAAGAAAUUUCAAUUUUUAUAAACUUUUUCUUUGCCGUAAAGACUUAACUAGGAUUAUUUUAAACUAAAAUUUUGUACACAUAUAAAUUUGAUAUUUAAGGAUUACCUACUAUUUCCAUACAAUUGAAAUGCAUUAUAAAACGCUGA